AAAAAGACCUUUCAGCUCACGCAAACACACUUCCAAGAGGGACAGUCUGCCAACAUGCGAAUGUUCAAGAACGGAGAACAAGCUCUAGCUGUCUUGUUGCUUAGUAUGGACUAUGCACCACAUGUGCACGCAGGCAAAUGUCAGAAGUUCUUGGUCAAGUAUCCCUUUCCGGGCGGCGACAACGGCAAGCUGCAUGACUGGGGGUUCUCUAUCGCCAAGAAGGACAGCUGCUAUGUACUGGUUGACGACGAGUUGAAGGACAAGGCCAGUAUCACAUCCCUUCUGCCGUUCAAACCCUGUUCAGCCAUCCUUAGCGAAGAAUACUAUUGCUGGAUAUCGUUUUCCAUGCCCAGCAAUGUACAGAUCGUCCCGAAGUUGGCCUUAAGCCCGCUUGAGGGAGACAACAACCUCCAAAUCUUCCAUUACUGCAGCACACAAUUCAACAAAGAAAGCCCGGUCCUCAAGCUUCCAAUGGACGACAAUUUGAGGGAGGGUAUAUGGUCAUACGCUCAAUGGAUCGCUGACCAUCAACUCGACAAAAAGGACCAUGACAAAUUGUGGCACAACACGCAAGGGAACAUCUGGGGUAAUGUCCUAUGCGCUUACCACAAAACCAAAGUGAAAGAUCCCUGGUUGCAUUUUGCAUGCAAUUUGCUGGCUUGUCCGAAAGAGUGACGGAAAGACCUCUAGUCGCCAAAGUGGAAAGCAGGGGCCCUGCUGGACAGGGUUUCAUGAUCAAGCCCAAUUCGACGACUGCAGCAUCAUGACGCGUUCAACACGAGAACUUGCAGAGCUUCAUCCUAUAGCAGAAUGUAGUUGAAUUCCAAAUGAACACGUCUUUCACCUCUAUUU